AUGAACUCCUCUUCAGAAGAACCGGUCGAAUCAAACGCACCAGUCGCGGACGAUGUCUAUCGCAAGUCUCAAGAUAAGGGUGAUGAUCGGCGCCCAAUGCCUGCGGCGGGGGAAUUGAACUUCGACGAGUCCACCCGUGGAGGACUUGGACGACACCUGGGAAUAUUCUCAACCAUUUUCCUAAUUGUGGGUCGCAUUAUUGGCACAGGGAUUUUCUCAACCCCUUCGUCGGUCACGAGCAGUGCCGGGAGUGUUGGUGCGGCCUUGCUUCUAUGGGUAGUGGGUUUUCUUCUUGCCGGAGCUGGCCUUUGUGUAUGGCUGGAGUUCGGCUGUAUGAUGCCACGCAGUGGAGGAGAAAAGGUUUAUCUCGAAGCGGUCUAUCGCAAGCCAAAGCUCUUGAUUACAUUGGUCUUUGCAGUUAAGGCGAUCGCACUCGGGUUUACAGCGUCGGGCUGUAUUGUUUUCGCGUCGAACAUUGUCGUGGCAGCAGGCAAAACAACAUCAGAAUGGGAGGAACGAGGGAUUGCAAUUGGUGUGAUCAUAUUUAUCACUCUUCUGCACACACUUCUCCCGAAUUGGGGAGUUCGAGGCAUGAAUGUCAUCGGGGUAAUUAAGGUGAUCCUGUUGUUGUUUAUUGUAAUCACAGGCUGGGUGGUUCUCAGUGGGCGCGUGUCGAGUGUGAAGAACCCCUAUGCCAGUUUCCAUAACUCAUUUGCAGGAUCAUCAACAUCAAGCAAUAUGUAUGCGACAGCAUUAUUCAAGGUUUUGAACUCAUAUGCCGGAUGGUCAAAUGCUGAGUAUGUUCUGAACGAGAUUCGAAAUCCUGUGCGCACCUUGAAGAUCGCCGCUCCUAUCGGAUUGUUCAUCUGUGGUACAUUGUACAUUCUGGCGAAUGUGGCAUAUUAUGCGGCGGCUACACCAGAGAAGAUUGCAGCGAGUGGCGUCACUGUUGCUUCUUUCUUCAUGGGAAAGGUCUUUGGCAUCGCAGCUGAGCGCGCCCUUAGUGUCUUGGUCGCGAUUUCCGCGUUUGGGACUGUCAUGACCGUCACUUUUGCCCAAGCAAGAGUGAAUCAAGAAUUAGCGAAAGAAGGAGUCAUUCCUUUUCCACGGUUCUGGGCAUCAAGCUGGCCUUUUGGAUCCCCUUCAUCCGGUCUUCUGCUGCAUUUUAUUCCUUCGUUUAUCGUCAUCGUAGCGAUCCCAUUUGGCGAUGCCUACGACUUCAUCCUUGACCUUGAGGGGUAUCCGUCAAGCAUCAUCAACUUCCUAGUUGUUAUGGGUUUGUUCUACCUUCGUUGGACCGCAGCAGACGUACCUCGACCGUUCAAGGUCUGGUGGCCCGUCGCGGCGUUUUUCAUGGUAGGCCAAGCGUUUCAGCUGGUUGCACCCUUCAUUAGACCACCAGGAGGAAAGGGUGAUACUUCGCUCCCGUACUGGCUAGCAUCUGUGGUUGGGAUCGUUAUCAUGUUUGCGGGUGUUGUUUACUGGGCAUUCUGGAAAGUAAUUCUGCCGAGAUUUGGGAAGUAUAGAUUGGUACCAACGCACGUGGAGCUGUCUGACGGAACCACUGUUGUGGUUUAUGAGAAGGAUAAGGAGCUCUAA